AGUAGAUGCACAACCUACCAGCAAACCAGCCAAGGAGAAUCUUCCUGAAUUAAAUGAUACAAGCCCAUCCGGUGGUUCUAGGCAUGGUCGUAAGAGAACAUACCCUGAUGAUGAAGCACUUGAGUCAGGUCUUGCAAGUGUGUCGAAUACAAUUGCAAAGUUCUUGGAAGCUGAGCAGGAGAAUGCUAAAACCAUGAAUGGUUUACAGAGGGCAUUUAUGCAUGAAUCGCAUGUUCAUGAGCAAACAUCAGCCAAUAGAACCAAGUUACUUGAUAUUCUCCAGAAUCUUAAGGGUCUCACAACCGAAGAGGUUGUAAUGGCUAUCCGUGUCAUUGGUGGUGAUGCUGGAAAGACAGAACUUUUCAUCAAUUUGCGUGAUGAUUACAAAGUGGUGUUUGUUCGUCAGGAGCUUGACGCGGCCAAAAAAUAAUUGAAUAUUCAGAUCUACAAUUCUGGAUUCUUAGUUUCAUUUUUUAGCUCAGGACUACUCGUUUUCUUUUAAACUCGUCAGUAAGAACAUUUGGUGCUUCCCAAUUUAUUUUACAUUGCCAUUUCCUAUACAGUACACCAGUAGUACAUUUAUGGAAAUAUGCUGAAUGAUUGGUUCAUGCUAGUGCUGUAAGAAAAGGAUAUUUUCAUCUCUUUCAUCAACCGAUGUGGGUAUUGUUGUGUCAUGUGUUGCUCUCAUUUCCUCCUACCUACAACAAUGAUCUUAUGACAUUGUAUACUAUAUCUCGAAUUGCUUA